AUGGGUGCCAUUAAUAAAUUGAGAAACACAGCCUGCAAGUCUUUCCGUGAGCUUGCUUUGAGGAUUUAUCCGGAAGAGGUAAAGCCAGUUAGUAAUAAGAGCCAAAAUGAAUUCUAUGUCUGGUCUUCCAGCUCUUUCCCAUUUUUUGCUAUCCGCUUCUAUGUGAACAAGUUCUCAUGUACAAAUGAAGUAUUUACAGAGCAUUAUAGGAAACCGUUACGUAUUAUACAUAGUGUGGUUGGGUGGACAGAAAACCUUUCGAUCGAAGUUCAUUUCUUUUACGACACAAACUCUUGCUCCACAAUAUUCCAUCCAGUUGCGGGGCUCUCGGAGUAUUUUUUUCUACAUUGA